CCGUGUCCAUGUGUGUGCAUUUGUGAAAGCAAGUCUUUGAUGUUGCUUGGCUGACUGCAGAUCAGAUACACGCGCUUCGGGUCUGUAAAGCCAGCCCCUCUCUCCGCCUUUGAUCUCGGCGCAGAGUCUGCGUUCGAGCUGCGGCAGCAGCUCUGUGUUGAGUUCUGUGCGGGGUGUGCAGGAGCUGCGGCACGGACAUGGUGAGCGGACCGGUGUGGGAAACAAGCCACCACAGCUCUCACCGGUCUGCCGUCGACUUUUAACAACCACCGCUUUGAUAUAAGCUACCGGCUCUCUCAUUUUUAUUUUCUCUUUUUUAUAUCUAAGCUGCAAGCAAUAAGUGGCCUAUCAAAAUGUUCUGGAAGCUUCAGUCUGCCUUGUCACUCUUGCUAACUGCAAACAUCUUCUAUACAGCUCUGAUUCAUGUGAGAGCCAUGGAGGAGACCAGAGAAUGCAGAGAACAAGAGUACAAGGAUCGCUUUGGGAUUUGCAAACCCUGCAAACAGUGUGACGCAGGACAGGAGCUUUCUAAGGAAUGUGGCUUUGGUUAUGGAGAGGAUGCCCGGUGCGUGCCCUGCCGGAGCAGUCGCUUCAAAGAGGACCGGAGCCAGCAGAAGUGCAAACCCUGUCUGGACUGUAGACUUAUCAAUCGCUUCCAGAAGGGCAACUGCUCUACAACAAGCAAUGCAGUGUGUGGUGACUGUCUGCCGGGAUAUUACAGGAAGACAAAAUUAAGUGGAUUCCAAGACAUGGAGUGCAUACCAUGUGGAGAUCCUCCACCUCCAUAUGAGCCCAACUGCAGUGGACGUGUGAACCUGGUGCCGCUGCCCCUGGUAGUGACCAGUCCGCGGGACAUGGCCCUGGCUGCGGUCAUCUGCAGUGCCCUUGCUACGGUGCUGCUAGCGUUGCUCGUCCUGUGUGUCAUCUACUGCAAGAGACAGUUGCUGGAGAAGAAGCCCAGUGCAGCGUCUCUGAGAUCUCAGGAUUGUACCUACAGCGGGGCAGAGCUCUCCUGUCUGGACGCUCGAUGGCUCCAUGACUUUCCACAGAGACCCUGCUGCCAGUGCCAGCUGGGUCCUGCACACACCUGUGGUCCAGUCCACCUGAUUCCUGCUAUGUGCUGUGAUGAGAGCUGCAGUCUGGGCCGCAGCCAGGACAUCAGUCCCUUCCAGUCCCAAACAAGUCUCAGUGACAGAAAUACAAACUUGUACGAGGAGGGGACUUCAAUGCACCUGGAUGAACAUUCUGAGCCUUCGUGUGGAGGAGCUGGUGGGAUGAAAGGGAGCUCAGAUCUUCCAGAUUAUUUUGGUCUGCCUCAGUGCAAUGCUGAUUCUGCAGAAGGACUUAAGGUGGAAGGAGAGGAAAAGGAAGAGGAUGAGGAAGAAGAGGAGGGGUGCAGGCCAAUGGAGAAUUUAUCUGCAGAGAGCUGCAGCACCACUGUGACUGAUGUACUUCUUCCUAAACAGCACGCACUGACUCAGGAAGGAUGACAUUGAUUUCUCUGGCUUGUGUUCCACCUUUGAACCAUCCUGGACACAACAACAGCCACGGCCAGAUUCUGUCUCAGAUUACCCACCACUCUCCCCACACACACCCACACAGGAAAAUGUGCAGCAGCCAAUCACAAGUGUGGCCGCGCUGCUACUUUGAAAUGCCUGCUCGCUGACCUAAGAGCCCUUCAUCAGAUGGUCCAAACAGAAUAUGUACAUACAUGCAAACAGAAGCACUGCCGAGCAAAUCACAGAGAAAGAGGCAGAGCUGCACAUUUACACACACUGAAAAAUGUGAACUUGUUGGCCCAGGCGAUAAAUCAUAUGAAGUUCAAACAUUGAGGAGUACUGACUUAUUACUGUGGAGCAAAGUGAAUCAAAGUAAAGCCUCUGCUCUGCCUUGAGAAUGUCUUGCAUCUUCACAUGUAGGAGAACAUAUACCGUACCACUCUUCUAGCAGCUGGUGUUAUGAAGCUUUUGUGUGUAAAGGUGACAGUUGUAAAGUUUGAAGUGUGAAGAAAAAGUAUCAAAAGUAAUUAUGUUGCACAUUGAGGACAAUCUUGAUAACAUGGAACAAGUUAAGACGAGGAAUGUCGAAGUGAUAAAUGUGUUGUAGAUACUGUAAAAUAGUAAAAUAGGUCAAUAUUUUUGUAACAUCAUAACAUCAUGUUUGCCUUUCUUACCCCAGUUAUAGUGUUAUUGGUUUGAAUGAUCAAUUCCAUGAAUCAUUGAUGUAAAUAAACCACUUUAACAUCA